AUGAUGAUAACGGGAGAAUUUCGAUUUGCGUGUCCGACACUUCUUAUUUUUUUUCUGCUUUAUGUAGUGUACUUUGCUGUUCCCACUGCUGCCUUUGGCGGGAGGGGAAGGGCAGGCGCACGUGCUCCUGCGGAAGAAGAAGAAGAGGUGGACUACUACGCUGUGCUUGGCUUGACUGAAAAUGCCACGGAGAAGGAGGUGCGGCAAAAGUUUCGUGAACUCUCCCGCAAGUACCACCCUGACGUGGCCAAGACUGAGGAGGCCAAGGCGAUGUACGGCAAGAUUAAUCGCGCGAAUGAGGUGCUCACUGACAAGAAGAAGCGUCGCAUGUAUGACAUGCGUGGUGAGGAGGGUCUGCGGCAGCUGGAGCGGGCGUUGGCACAGAACGAACAGGGACAUUCCAUGGAUCCUUUUGCUCGGUUGUUUGGCAUGGGUAGCGGUGGAAACUUGCGGGGGUCUGAUUCGCAGAGCACACUGCACGUUGAACUUGAAGAUGUAUAUAAAGGGACUCAGAGGUCAGUUGUGCUGGAGAAGCAAAAAGUUUGUACCAAGUGUAAAGGUACCGGUGCUUCCCGGGGCAGUGGUGUAACCACCUGUUCCCACUGCCGUGGUCAUGGUGUUGUUAUUCAGCGUCUCCAGCUCGGUCCGGGCAUGUACCAGGACAUACAACAGGCAUGCCCACACUGUCAGGGACAAGGCCGUAUCGCAAAGCACAGGUGCCCUGCAUGUAAUGGCAAGAAGGUUGUUCGCGGCGAGGUGACGCUGACGAUAGAUAUUGAGCAGGGAAUCCCUGAGGGGCACAAGGUGACGUUUGAGAUGGAGUCGGAUGAAUCGCCAGAUCUUGUUCCUGGAGACCUUAUCAUGGCGGUGCUGACAAAGCCGCACCCACGUUUCUCGCGCCGCCCAAAUGGGCUCGAUCUUGACAUGUCACUUACCGUCACUUUGAAAGAGGCACUUUUGGGAUUUGAACGACGUGUAGAGCACCUUGACGGGACGGAGUUUCUUGUGGAGGCCACUGGCGUGACACCAUACGGUGAGGUGCUGAAGGUUCGCGGGAAAGGGAUGCCGCGACAUCACAUGCCUUCAGAAAAGGGAGAUCUUUACGUGAAGGUGAUGUUUGAACUGCCAAGUUUUUUGACGGAGGCGCAGAGGAAGGAGAUUGAGGAACACUUUUGA